CGUGAUGGGAAGGAUGUGACGGCUUCCAAGUGGCUAUGAGCUGGAAGGAAGGUCAUAGCCACUUGGAAGCCGUGACCUCGGCUACGCAGCCCCCGGGCGCGGCUCGCGGACGGCUGUCAGUCUAGGCUGUCAGCGUGCGGCUACGCCGCAUUCGUCGACUAGAUCAUCUCUUAGAUCCAAGACGGCCAUGGCAGAGGUGCACCAGCAGCCUCCCCAGCCGGAGCCGCCGGUCAUCGACCUCUGUGGUGACGAUGAUGAGCAACCAAACCCGCCGGUCCCUCUCCCCAGUGCGGCACCCGUCGUGCCAGCCGCUCACCCUCCUGCUGUCCCCCCCGUCCCACCCCCUCCAGCACAUCAGCAGGAUGUCGGUGACCUGGCCAUCGUUGCUGUCGUUCCAGUUCCGUGGCAGCAGGCACCACCACCACAGGAACCUCAGCAGCCGGCACCACAGGCGCCACCACAGGCGCCACCACAGGCACCAGCACCAGCGGCUCCUCCCCAGCAGGGAGGAGGUGGCCCGCCGGUUGUCGUUGACCUGAGACAUUCGCCGACGCAUCGGCCGUUUGUGAUGCCUCAGCUGCCGCGGUCCCCCAUAGACCUGACGGAGGGAGAGGAAGGAGAGGCAGGACAGGGCGGCAACGGCCAGGCUCCCGCUCCUCCUCCAGCAGCGGCAGCAGCUGCAGCUGCUGCCGCUGGUGGUGGCGACGGACCCAGGCCGGUUGCCGUUCGUGUCGCUGGGGUCCGUCGAGGGCGCGAGGAGAGGGAGGGGCAGGGAGGGCCAGCAGCUGCGGCAGCUGCAGCAGCUGCUGAGGUGCCACGCGCACCUAUGCCACCGAUGGGUGCCAUGGGUUCGCUUCCUCCCCUGAUCAACCUAGAGGUCAGCGACACAACCACACACACAGAGAGAGCACAGCCCCUACCCCGAUUCGAAUCAAUCGUGUGCUGUGCUCCUUCAGGACGACGAUGAGGACCUUCCGCCGCCCCCCAAGAUGCCUCGCAUGGAGCAGCCUGCAGCAGCAGCAGCUGCAGCAGCGGCAGCGGCAGCCCCGGCGGUGCCUCCUGCGCCCCCCGUCGACCCUUUGGCGGCCCUUUUCGCCCAGGCGGAGUGCCCCAUCUGCAUGGAGCCCCUCCGGCGGCGCAGAGACCCCCACCGGGAGGCCAGGCAGAAGGAGAUCGAGAUGGAGGGCAAGAACGACGCCAAUGAGGAGGAAGACAAAGACAAGGACAAGGAGGCGGCGGGCGAGGCGAGUGAGCCCGCCCCUGCCGCAGCUGCAGCGGCGGCUGCUGCUGCUGUUCCUGGUGGUGGUCGUGGGAGGGGGGCCAAGAGAGCGGGGGGCGCUAGAGGGAAGGCGAAAGGCCGGGGGCGGGGCAAGUUGGCGGGUGCCGCUGCUGUGGCGGCGAUUAAGAAGGAAAUCGAGGAGACCGAGGAGGUGCGCUUGAAAAGCACAGCCCUCCCAGGAGGGGGAUGCCAGUGUGUCUGAUUUCUCUUCUCUGUCUGCCGUGUGGUGUGUGCAGAAGUCUGGCCGCCUCGCAUCCACCACGUGCGGCCACGUCUUCUGCGAGGUGAGACUGACCCGACCACUGUCAGUCAGUCAGUCAGUCACCAUCCUGAAUAGGUACCCUUCUGUCUGUGUGCGUGUGUGUAUGUCUGUCUGUCUGUGUCUGUGUGUGUGUGUCGAUUAGGAGUGCAUCCAGCGGCAGAUCAAGGAGAACCGCAUGUGUCCUGUGUGCCGCAAAAAACUGGCCCUCAAGGACAUGCACCCGCUCUUCCUCUGAGCGACUCAAGCAAGGCACCCAGGCAGGCACGGUCGCAGCACGGCACACACGUGCAUGCGUCAGAGUGCGGCCACCCUAG